ACAUACUUACAUAGUUUGAAAUUAAACGCUAAAGAGAAGAAUACUUUCGGGAAAUGAGGUUGUGAUGUGCAGGUGCACGAGCGCCACAAACGUCACGUGACGCCCGAUUUCCUGCUUUGAAGCGUUUCUCUUUCAGUUGCAACGCACACGCGCACGCUUCCAAGAGGCCGUCAGAUUAUGUGGCACAGCGGGGGAAUGAUGCUUUGAGGCUGGUCGCUGUUUAGCUAGUCGCCGUUGGUAGUCCACCACCAGCACCACCUCCACCACCACUAUGAACACAAGUGGACGUCCAUCAAAGUCCAGCCUGGAGAGGAAUCCUCCGGAGCCUGCUCCCAGGAAGAAAAGUUCUCUGUGGUGCCGACGUUCACUGAGGUCCAGCAACGACCAACAGAAGCACCGACACAACACAGACUCUCUACCCAGGACAGUUAAGCCCAAACACCUUCUGGUUGACUACUCAGAUCCACAAAGAAGCACAAUAGUCCUGGAAAAGGAAGACAAUGAAACAUUUGGGUUUGAAGUUCAGACUCAUGGCCUGCAGCUGAGGAGCAGCUCUGCGGUGGAAGUGUGCACGUUUGUGAGCAGGGUGGAGGACAACAGCGCUGCAGAAAGCGCUGGUUUGACCGCAGGAGAUGUUAUCAUCACCAUCAAUGGCGCCAGCAUUGAAGGAUGCUCUCAUCAACACGUUCUCGACCUGAUAAGAGGCUCGACCAACAGGUUAAAGAUGGAAACCGUAUGUGGGAGUGUGGUGAAGUGGAUCGAGCUGGAGAAGAAGGUGAACAUGCUGAAGCAAUCACUGAAUGAGAAACUGGUGGAGCUGCAGGCGCUUACAUUACAGGAACAACGCCUGAUCCGAGGUCACUUGAAAGAAAACAGCAACUCAACCGAUUCCUCAGAAGUUCCCAUCUCCCCGAGGGACCACCGCAGCCUUCGCUUCUCCAGCAAUAGCAGCUACAGGAGCGUGAUGACGGACGACAGCGACCAGGGUAGCGUGUUUGGCGACGUGAGCUCGCCCAGUCCUUGCAGCGCGGCCAGCACCGCCCAAGAAGAGCACUUCUUCUCACAGAGAUUUUCAUUCACCUCCGGCCAUUAUUUUUGUCAAACCGUCGGCCGUUCCAGCAGCUCCAGUCUAGCCAGCAGCAGCAGCAGUAGCAUUAGCUCCCAGUCUCCGACCUGGAAUGAAACGAGGAGCUCCACUUUGUUUGGUACCCUGCCCAGAAAAGGCAAGCGGACCAAUGUUCGGAAAAACAUCCUCAAAUUGAUCCCUGGACUCCAUCAGCGAUCGGUUGAAGAAGAAGAGACUUAAGGGGUGUUUUACACCACAUCUUUUUUUCACCUUGUGUGGGUUCUGGCCUUUUACUUGGCUUUCUCACAUCUAAAUGCUGAAAACCGGAGGAUGUGUCCAGUCUGGGUAGUAACCACAACAACAAUGGCGGAAGACAGCGUUUUUUGUUUGUCAGAAAAGCGUAGUCGGCGCAAUCUCUCGGUUCAAUCGCCAUUUUCUUGUGGGGGCAUGCAUCUUAGUGAUUUGCUACGACGCUGUUGAAAGUACCUUGUACUGCAUUUGGAACUCAUCUUUGCACACCAAGCACUUGCUAUGUUAGUGGAUUUGUGGUGGCACAAAGAAUUGUAUUAGUAGUAGUAGUAGUAUUUUGAAUAUAAUUUACAUGUUCACAUGUUAUUUGGUCGAAUUUCCUCUUGAGCUUGAAUGGUUAAAAAAAAAAAAAGAAUCCUGCUACUCUAUGCAGUCUGUUAUUUAUAACCAUACACAGUAGCUGUUAAAAACAGGAUGCAGGUACGAGAGGGUGCCACUGCUUUCAUUUUCAAAUGUAUGUAAACGAUGCUCACAGGUUACAUUGGGUCUUCUGGAAGUUAACUCUUAGUUAGAUUUAAGUUAAGUGGCAAGAAUGUUUUAUUUUGUAAAAAAAAAAAAAAAAAGAUGCCAGCAUUUUGGAAUAAAACUG